GCGAAGAAGAAGUGAAGAAGGAAGUGUCAAAUCUUAUGCUUGCUCUUACUCUCUCUCCUCCAUCAAAAUUCCCUCAUUUCUCUGCUCUUCCCAAUAUUCCAUCUCUCUCUCUCUCUUCCUUUUCCUUCAAUCGAGAUUUUCUCGCUUUUAUUCGAGAAUUUCGAAAUCGGAACCCACCACAACCCUGAAAAAAAAAAAAAAUCAAAACAAAAAGCUUCAAGCCCUCAUUCUGUACAGAUCCAACGGUUCUGUGAUUUUUUUUUCUUCUUUUUUUUUUUCUUAUUGGGAAAUCGAUUCUUCUCGGUGUUUUGAUUGUUGGAUUAAUCAUGGGUCGUAUCGAGACGUAGAAGAGGUGUUUUCGUUUGAAGGUCAAAGGGGAAAUGUUGGCAAUGGAGAAGGAAUUUGAUUCAAAGCUUGUUCUUCAAGGGAACGGUGGGAACGUUUCCAGAAGCAAGAGCUUCUCCUUUAAGGCUCCCCAAGAAAAUUUCACCAUCCAGGAUUUCGAACUUGGCAAGAUCUAUGGCGUUGGUUCUUACUCUAAGGUUGUUAGGGCAAAGAAGAAGGAAUCUGGAACUGUGUAUGCCUUGAAGAUAAUGGACAAAAAAUUCAUCACCAAGGAGAAUAAAACAGCUUAUGUGAAACUGGAGAGGAUUGUUCUUGAUCAGCUUGAACAUCCUGGGAUCAUCAAACUUUUCUUCACGUUUCAAGACACUUUCUCACUAUAUAUGGCACUUGAAUCUUGCGAGGGUGGCGAGCUUUUCGACCAAAUAACCAGAAAAGGUAGGCUAUCGGAGGAUGAAGCUCGGUUCUAUAGUGCAGAGGUUGUGGAUGCUCUUGAGUAUAUACAUAAUAUGGGACUGAUACAUCGAGAUAUUAAGCCGGAGAAUUUGUUGCUGACUUCAGAUGGGCACAUCAAGAUUGCGGAUUUUGGUAGUGUAAAGCCGAUGCAAGAUAGCCGGAUCACAGUACUUCCUAAUGCAGCUUCUGACGAUAAGGCGUGCACUUUUGUUGGGACUGCUGCAUAUGUUCCUCCAGAAGUUCUCAACUCAUCUCCCGCAACUUUCGGAAAUGAUCUCUGGGCUCUCGGCUGCACUCUCUACCAAAUGCUUUCAGGGAGUUCUCCAUUUAAAGACGCAAGUGAAUGGCUGAUUUUCCAAAGAAUUAUAGCCAGAGAUAUAAAGUUCCCAGAUCAUUUUUCAGAAGCAGCUAGAGACCUUAUCGACCGGUUGCUGGAUACAGAUCCAAGCCAAAGACCAGGUGCUGGGUCAGAAGGUUAUGCUGCUCUUAAGAGACAUCCUUUCUUUAAGGGAGUUGACUGGAAGAAUCUAAGGUCCCAAACUCCUCCAAAACUAGCCCCAGAUCCUGCGUCUCAGACAGCAUCUCCUGAGAGCGGUGGCACACACGGUUCUCCAUGGAACCCGACACAUGUUGGAGAUUCUUCAGCCACACAGAACGAUGGGCAUGGUGCUCCUUCUACAUCUUCUGAGUCAUCGGGUUCCAUAACACGACUUGCUUCAAUAGACUCUUUUGAUUCAAGAUGGCAACAGUUCCUGGAGCCGGGAGAAUCAGUUCUGAUGAUAUCAGCCGUGAAGAAGCUUCAGAAAAUAACGAGCAAAAAGGUGCAGCUAAUACUCACCAACAAACCCAAGCUGAUCUAUGUCGACCCGUCAAAGCUAGUUGUAAAAGGGAACAUUAUCUGGUCUGAUAACUCGAAUGACCUCAACGUUCUAGUCACCAGCCCUUCCCAUUUCAAGAUUUGCACGCCAAAGAAGGUUUUGUCAUUUGAAGACGCGAAACAGAGAGCUUUGGUGUGGAAAAAGGCAAUCGAGACUCUUCAGAACCGCUGAGAGACAAACUCCACUGAAGAAGAAUGAUUCUGUUAUUCCUCAAUUUCUUUUGAACUGACCAAACUCAAUUCUUCAGAUGUUUUUCUAUCAUACUUGCUUUGAAAAAGACAACUUGACAACAACAAAAAACAAAGAGAGAGAGGUACAAAUUUUUAAAAAACUGCUUUUUGAUUC